AGAAUGAUAAUCAAAAAGGACCUGAUGUACGUCAUGUGGAUCUCACCAAUGAAGCGCUGAAUAAUGAAAGUGACUAUCUGAUGAAUAAAUUGGUAAACGAUGAGAAUAUGGAUCUAGCUGAGGUUAGGAAUUUAGGAAAAAUGAAGCAAGACGAUGUAG